UUGUAUGAUUUUUGGCAAAAUGUGUAAUUUCAGAACGUCUACUUAAAAGUCUUAUGAUUUACGUCUUUGUCAAGUGACAAUGUCAACGUCUUUCAAACGUUUUAUGUUAUAUUUUUAGCAUGACUUUAUCAUCCUCUCUUUCGAUCUAAUGAGUUUGUAGCUGCUAUUUUUCUCGCUCUUUCAAAGUAAACUAAAAAUACAAUCAGCUUUGUACCUGGAACAUGAUACUUAUAACCUAAAAUUAUUUUAUUUUGAGUUGAGAAGGAUUGAAGGAACUUAAAUUAGUUCAUAUUAUUUUUAUUCGUUUGUGUUGUUAGUUCUAUUACAAAAAAUGAGGUUACAUCCAAUAUUAUUCGCCGGCCCCCCGAAAAGUGGUGCAAGGAGCCCCCAGAGGGAGCCGAUUCCAUUCAAAAUGUUGUUGCCAUUGCAACUUAAAAAGACGGUCUCUGGUAAAGGAGACAAGCUCAAAGAAGCUGCUUGUAUGCAAGAAAUGGCUGUUAUGUUUGCAUGCUUCAAAAAGGCAGAUUUCGAUCAAACUGAGUGCUUAAAGGAGGUUGCUGCUUUCCAAGGAUGUUACAAGGAAUAUAAUGACAGAAUAACCACUCAAAGAGAACAGGGAAAGAAAGGUAUCCUCGUCCCAGGAGAGAAAAAACUAACACAUAGACAACUAAAUCAGCUAUUGAAGAGCUUCCCUCCACAAAAAUAGAUUGAAAUAACAUAGUUUGUAUUUGUAAUUUAUAAUUAAAAUAGAAAUAAAUAGUAAAUGUUAUAUUUGCUGUUGUUUACUUUCUUGUAAAG